CUAACUUUCAAGCCUCCCUGACCCUUGGUAUAUUAAACAGAAAGACUUUCUAUGAUAUGGUGUAAUUUUAAAUUUGUAUGGCUCUUUUUCAUGGAAGGGUCGUGGUCAAGAAUAAUUCAACGUUCUUUGUCAGGGUCAUCACUGACGUCUGCCUUUUACGUUUCACUACACUAGCAUCACUAGCACUGACACUAGGCAGUCUUUAGGGGCCAUUUCACACAGAAACACUAAAGUUUUGAGUACAACACGAGAUGAUACAUCGCAGGCAAUGGUUGAGCGCAAACAAAAGAAGAGGAGACACUGCGGGUGUGUGGGGGGUAACUCGUUACGCUGCCGGAGAAGCUCGUAAGCUAGCCACCAUCUGCUUACUACGAAUACCUGUAGUCGAAAUCGCAAAUCAUAAACCCGCAAAUAGCAAGGGUUUACUGUAUAUAGUAUUCUUGAAGCAAGAAAGUAGUGUUCUUUGAAAUGAUAAUUGCCUAAGUUACUAGUUAAGCUACAACCAAAUCCCAGGGUAGCAGUUGCUGGAAAUGUCCGGAUGUAUGGGAUAAUUGCUGUAAGCAUUUGUUUAAAACAUCAGAUCAAGCAGCAAAAAUUGACUCGAGUGAAUGUGGUGGUUUGAAGUCCAUUGAUUAUAAUUAUUGGAAAGAACUUUGGUAAAAAAAAAGAAAUAAAAAUAAAUCCGUGCCAUUAUUUUCAAAUUUCUUAGUACAGGUGUACCCUGAAAUUCGAUGUCCCAAUACUGUAUAAUAAUGUCUAUCAGACCAAAACGUUCAGCCCAGAAGAACAAAACACACAUAACAGUAAUUAGUGGAGCAGGUAUACAACCCACUUAAGUUGACCUACCUUACAGUAAUUAAAUAAGAUUUAAGUCCUGACCCAACAAGGGUUAUGAAGGGGCAAUGAGAGAACAGGCGACAUGACCCUGUUAAUCCAAGAAACACUGCCCCCCAGCCAGUACACCAACACCUGACUAAACACACCUGGCCAGACUCACCCAGGUCAGUAAUAUUUAGGAGGCAUUACUGGCUGGCCAACCACAAUAAGCACACCACACCCUGUGACCCCAAGCACCACUCACCUGACCAAACACACCCAGAUUAGUAAUAAUUAGGAGAUAACACCGGCCAGCCUACAACAAUAAGCACACGACAACAGUGACCUGACCUCCAAUAAAAAGGGGAGCCAGACGAAUCACACUCAGUCACAAGUCCCGAGGUAGGGAGAAGGACCUCCCUCCCUAGCGCUGAAUCCCCAGCUGGCUGAGUCUCCCACAGGAGACAGAGUCCGGUGCCCACCAGGACCACUUGCCCCAGCAGUACCAGACCCUGCAGUCAAGAGUCCCCAGCUGCUGGGCCUCCCAUGGGUCACAUGUGAAUCAUUGUCAGAGUAUGCAAUAGGGCGAGUUACUUUUAGUGAGAAGUGUAUCCAUGUCAUUCAAUUAACUAAUAAAUAGCUGUAGAUAGAAUUGGUGUUCAUAUAUCUGCAGUAUAUGAUAUAAAGAAACAGAGAGAACAGAUUCUUAAGUUCUAUGCCAACAGUUAUAUUCCCAAGAUAAUGGACAAGCGAAAAACUUUACACAAAGCAAAGAAUAUUGACAUGGACAGGGUGUUCUUAUAGUGGAUUAGGCAAAGGUGGUGUGAAAAGUUUCCACUUGAGCAUUCAAUUGUUAUGGCCAAAGCUAAAGAAUUCCACAAAGAAUUAACAGCUGAUGGCUCGAUGUGAAUAUUCAUCUGGGUGGUUUAAUAGAAUUAAACAAUGGCAUGGCAUUUGUAAACUGAAGGUUUAUGGUGAAAAGGAUAUUUUGAUAAAUGGCUGGCAUAACCUGUGACCAUUAUACCCCAUUUUUUGCUGAAGAUGAUGUUGACCCCGAUUUCUGUGGUUUUCGUGUGUCAAGAGAGGCAGCACUAGUAAAGGAUUUAGUGGAAUAUGUACAGAGCUUAACAAGUGAAGAAGCUAAGUCAGUAGAUGAUAAUAUUGUUCAGAAAUGUCUAAACAUUAAAGAAAAUGCCCCAGUUGUGCUUCAACUCAAUGAUACAGAAAUUAUGGAAAUGGUAAUGAAUGAGGAUAAGAAAAAGUCACAUGAAAGUGAUGAUGAUGACAGUGCACCGAGAGUGUCUACUGAUCAGUGUAUUAGCUCGACUGAGGAACUGGUUCGUAGAAUGGAGCAAAAAAGGCUCACUAGUGAGCACUGAGCUGCAUAUAAUGUGGAUAUACAAAAUUCAGGGAGUUUUCAUUCACAGAAAGUCAAAACAACUGAAACUGCAGGAUAUGUUUGCAAAGAUUAAAAAGAAAAUUGUCCAUGAAGUUCAGCCUUCUACCUGCACCCCAAAUGUUAAUUGUUUUCAGAUGAGAAUUAAUGCAUGAAUUACCAACAUUCAAGCUUGCUUUGGAAGUGGAAUAAUGGACAAUAAAUUGGAUGGAGUUUGCCAACUUAGAUGAUGACCUGUUUGCGGAGGAGCGUCAGCGUGGCACUAUAGCUGAGGAGUAUAGUGCUCGGGUGUGUGACCCCUGCUGGUUUAUGCAGGUUCACCCUGAUGAACUUGUCUCUCCUGAAGAGGAAUUAGGUGCCCAGAAAUUUGUUGCAGAUUACCUAUUUUUUAAAAAAGAAUACAAUGCUGCAGUUGCAAAGUAUGAAGAAAUUUUGAAUAUAUUACCUCCAAACCAUACUAGUAGUAGAAGGGAAUGUUUGGAAGGUCUAUCCAGGUCUCAUGUUAAGAAAGGUACACUCUCUGAAGCUCUUAAUUUUGCAAAGGAGUUACAUUCAACUUCCAAAAACUGUGAUCAGACAACAGUGAGCUGUUCAGUCCUGGUAGAUGUAAAUUUGGCUGCAGGAAGGUACAGUGAGGCACUAACUGCAGCUCAGACACUAGUCACCCUUCAACCACAAAGUAGUCAUCUGUGGAUAAAACUUGGAUAUAUUUAUGCUUGUACGUAUGGGAUCUUGCUACCUAAUGUUGCUAAACUUUUGGGGGUACAUUUUAAAGUUGAAGCAAGUCCACAUUCUUCUCAGGGUUUCACAUCAAGAAAUAAAACAGAUAAUGACAUAAAAACAAAUGUUAAUAUUAACCAUAGUUCACUAACAAAAACUGGUGAAGAUCCUGGAUAUGAGAGUGUCAAAUUUCCUGGGAAAGAAAAAGGUUUACAGUUUGUUGUUGCAUGUCUGCAACGAGGUUAUGUAAUUUUGAGAAAAACAGAAAGUACUGCAGUGGACUUUGAAUUAGACCAUAGUCAAAUGUAUCAGAGUAAGUUACUGUCUGAUAUGGAGUUUCUUCUUGAUGAGGAAUCAUUAAGCCAGAUAAAAAUGCACCUAUGUCAAUAUGAUGAGACAAAAUCAAAUCAGUGUUUGCCAGUGCAGGAGGACAAGGUGGAAUUUGUGGAUAGAGGGAGUUCAAAAUUCAAGCCUGAUGAGAGUGAUAGUGAAGUUAAGUUGAUACCUCAGAGCAGCUUUGAAGAACAGUGGUUUAAAUGGGUGAUAUAAUUAUAUGUUUAAAUAGAUGAAGUUAUGUAAUUAUUGCAUAUUAGUUUGAAUCUUAGAAUUAUUACACCUCAAUGGGAUUAUGUGAAGGAAAAAAGAUGGGUAAAUUCACUAUCAUAUGUUUGAACACAUUGUAAGUGUAUACAGUACUUGUAUUGUUACAUUUAUAUUAUAAUCUGAACCUUUUAAAGAUAAUUGUAAUUGUUUUAUUAUUCUAAUAUAAACAUGAUGACAUUUUUUUUAAUGUCUUUAACUUUACUCAGAAUGCAUGGAGUUGCUGAAUAAUUUCAGAAAAAUUGGUGUCCUUAAAAGUACAUGUACAGUAUUUGGAAAAAAUUUGAAGUACAGUACAAUACAGUACACUAUGUUAUUUUUAAUAUACAGUAUAUAGAUUUGAAAAUAUACUAAUGUGAAGAGGAAAAUGUUUCAGCAGUUUACAAUAUAUUGCUGUAUGCAGUAUAAAAUACUGUAAUUUAUCAGAGAUGAACAUUUUCCGGUGUGAGUGAGACGAUGCUAACUGAAUAUUCAUGUUUACGGUGUUGACUAAAUAUUCCACAGGUACAGUAGCUACUGAGACAAUUAGACUGUCAGCUAAAACUGAAAAAAAUUGCCAAAAAGGGUAUCAAAGCUGAGGCAUGGUGAGUGGGAAGCUCAUGUGAGAUAUUAUAACUUAAAUUUUUUUGGGGGGUAUUGAGAGAGGUGUAAAUAAUGGUCUGUACUCUGAUUAUUUAUUAAAAAGUUAUCCAUCCAACUAGGAGUAGGUAAACCUUUAGUAGUGGUGGAUUUAGUGUUGUUUUUACACAAUUUUAUGUGCCAUAUUUGUGCUAAACUGGUUAAUGUUUGUAUCAAGUUAGGGAAGAAUGUAGCAUACAAACUUUUGAUAAUCCAGAUCCCAAAAGUCUGUUGGUACACUGAUCUUAUACAAUAUUUAAAAGGCCUCUUGAGUAAAGUAUAAAACUGUUAAUGAAAUAAGAAUGUUUAUUUUUAUGUUUUCAUAUACAGGUACAGUACAGUACUGAAUAAUGUACUCUUGAAUAUUUUGUUAUAUUCACAAUGGGUCUAGAAUAAAUGUUUAUAAUAGAU